AUGGAGUUCAAGCCUGUGGGGUCAACCGGCUUCUUCUUUGCUGGAUUCCAGAACGAGAAAGAGGGGGUUGCUCAUGCAUCAUACCUCGCCAUCACCUCCCUGGCGGCAAGCAAGUCAGUGGCGAUAUUCACCCUCAGAGAAGAGGGCACCGGUGAAAAGCUUCUGCGCUGCUUCAUGGAGAAUCUUCCUCGUUCCCAGGAUCCUCGAGGCAAUGAAAGACCUUCAAUCAUUGGACCUGAUCCGCUCCUGACCCCAAGCCUUGCGGGCCUGGUGAACUACGCACGGGCUUCGGAAAACUUUCGUCAACUGAUUCGUGGUGCCGACGAUCUUCUUCCUUCGCUUCAGCUUCUCUUUUUGGAUGAGGUCGUCAAGAAGAUUCCUUCACACGCUUUCGUAAACGCCCAGGAGAAAGUGGCCAGGCUACUUCUCGCACUUGUUCUUCACAAGGACAGCCAAGAGUGGGCGAUAGGAACGGGGUAUCUUGGGCUUCUAGCAAGCAUCUUCCAAAGAGCAAGCCGCACGCAAGCUGACCAAAUAUCCGGAGGAGCAGUGAUGACGUGCCUCGUUGUGCUUCUGCGCUUGUGUGGAGCCUUGCAUCUGGUCGACACACUGAAAGGAGCUGGGAUGCCGUCUCUUCUUGAGCCGUAUGCGAGUCUCCUCAACUCUCACUGCCCUGGACUUUGGGAAGAACUCUUAGCCACGCUUGCAAGGAGGCCUUCUAAAAUUCCGUAUGUCUCGGAGAUCUCCAGAAAAGCGGUGUGGAAACAUGCCAAAGCGAAGCUGCUUGGACUCCCAACGGUCUGCUCCUGGGAAGGCUGCUCAAAAACUGCCGAUGACGAUCAGGGAACGAGCUGCAACAGUAAGGAACACCAGAAGCUUCAUUGGCGAACCCACAAGAAGCACUGCCUUCCCGAGAACGCGGCCCCCUCUCAGGCGCAGUGA